GGGUUCGAUAGCAAUGAGGGCUCCAAGAGUGAGACCAACGUAUCCUUCUCCACCCCCAGAUACUCCAUCAUCAACCCGUCCUAAGAAAGACUGAUGGCGAAGAGCGAUCACAAGGACGACACGGGGCCCUCUCCGACGUCGAUCUCGCCAACCACCACGGUGGUUGCAUCGCCGACGACAGAGGACAAGAAGAGCGAAACGGUGUACAUUGAGUGGGAGGAUGGCGACCCCCGAUACCCUCUUAAUUGGAGCCAGACUUCACGCUACUUCAUGAUCACGGUCACUUUUCUCUAUAACUCCUCGACGGCGAUGAACGCGACGGGGUACACGACAGCCCAGGAUGUUGGUUCUUACGAUUUGCACACGAGCGUCGAAGUCUGGCUGACCGGUGCGACGGCUUACCUCGUCCCCGUCGCCCUCACGCCCCUGGUUCUCGCUCCACUCAGCGAGAUCUACGGUCGCCGCCCAGUCUACCUCGUCUCUCUCUUCAUCUAUACAAUGAUGUUCAUCCCGCAGGCGCUGGCGCCCAACAUUGCUGCCAUCAUCGCCUCGCGCGUCGUCCAGGGCUGCGCCGGGAGCGUGGGCAAUACCAUGGUGGCCGGCUCCGUCGCGGACCUGUUUCCGAAAGAGAAGCGCGCCGUGCCCAUGUCGGCAUUUGUCUUUGUGGUUUUCAUGAGUCAGGCUAUCGGUUCUUGCGCAUCGGGCUGGACGGUCGCUACCAUCGGAUGGCGCUGGAUCUUCUGGUGGCAGGGCGCCAUCGCAUUGGGCACUCUUGUCGCCUUUGUCUUUGUCGUCAAAGAAUCACGCGCCACCAUCCUCUUGUCGCGCCGUGCAAAGGAGCUGACCAAGCAAACGGGCAUCCUUCACAAGACCGAGGACGACGACGUGCGGCGCAAUGCCUUUGUCAUGGCCUCGCGCAAUCUCGGUCGUCCCCUCGUCUUCUUCGUCACUGAGCCCAUCGUCGCCUUCCUCGCACUGUGGAUUGGCUUCCUCUGGGGUGUCGUUUUCCUCUCCCUCGAGGGUGUCGCUGACUCGUUCAAGCCGUACGGUUGGACCCCACCGCAGAUCGACACGGUGCUUCUGGCCAUUGGCGUCGGGGGCUUCGUAGGCUUCGUGAGCAACUUCCAUCAGGCUCAUCUGUACGCGCGCGACGUCAAGCGAUCGGAUGGCAAGCCUAUCCCCGAGUCAAGGCUCUACUGGGCCAUGCCUGCUUCCAUCUUGACGGCUGGUGGACUCUUCUGGUACGGCUGGGGCGCACAGCCCUCGGUACACCCGGCGGUUCCCAUCAUCGGCCUCGUUGUCUUUUCGUGGGGUACCUACAUCAUCUAUCUCGCGACACUCAACUACCUGGCCGAUGCGUACGAGCACUACGCCUCGAGCGGCAUCGCAUGCCAGGCGCUUCUCCGCAACAUCUUUGGCGGAACGUUCGGCCUCUUUGCGCAUCAGAUGUACCGCAACCUCACGCCGCCGUACGCGACGACGGUGCUGGCAUGCAUCGCGGCCGCUCUGGGCAUCGCGCCGUUUGCCCUCUUCUUCUGGGGCCCCACGCUACGCAACUACUCGCGCAUUCAUCGACGCAUCGAGCAGGAGCAGGCUGAGAAAAGUCACUGAAGUAUCUUCUGUCUCCAAGCAUAGACUUCCUGUACAUAACAAAGAUAUGAUCUCGCGGCGUCUUGAUGUCAAGGGAAAUUUUAG